AUGGAUGCCACCUAUCAAGAUGUUUCACCCCCGUGGCAGGUGACGUUCAGGCUCUUCAUGGAACGACAUGGAGGACUUCUGUCUGCCUUUACCCCGUCAUGGGAUGUCACUUCAAUGGUUGAUGGGACCAACACCAGCUAUUCCAGAGCUCAGCACCCCUCCAUGCACAAGGCUCGGAGCCCGCCAAGCCGCCCUGCCCGAGGCCGGCUCCCCUUCCCGCCUCUGGCAGCCCCUGGCGGGCACCGCAGCGCCUCCCCCCCCACCCCUCGCCUCACGCCGCCACCUGAGGCGGGAGGGCGGGGCCGGCAGCCGCCGGGGCGGGGCGACCCGACCCCACCGCGCAGGGGCGGUGCCGGGUCACCGGCCCCCGGGCCCCUCGCCCUGAGGGGAAGGGUGGCGGCCGGGGCGGCCCUUAAGGUUUUCUCAAAUAAUGAUGAAGCCCUUAUUAACAAAAAGCUACCCAAAGAACUUCUGUUAAGAAUAUUUUCAUUCUUGGACAUAGUUACUUUGUGUCGAUGUGCACAAGUUUCCAAGGCAUGGAAUGUUUUAGCGCUGGAUGGAAGCAAUUGGCAACGCAUAGACCUCUUUAACUUUCAAACGGAUAUAGAGGGUCGUGUUGUGGAAAAUAUUUCGAAAAGGUGUGGUGGGUUCCUGAGACAACUUAGUCUGAGAGGAUGUCUUGGUGUUGGAGACUCCUCUUUAAAGACCUUUGCACAGAACUGUAGAAACAUCGAACACUUAAAUCUAAACGGGUGCACAAAAAUCACUGACAGCACGUGUUACAGUCUUAGCAGAUUCUGUUCCAAGCUGAAACAUCUGGAUCUGACAUCUUGUGUAGCCAUCACAAACAGCUCUUUGAAAGGCUUAAGUGAGGGUUGCAGAAAUCUGGAACAUUUGAAUCUUUCCUGGUGUGAUCAGAUUACGAAGGAUGGUAUUGAAGCACUGGUGAAAGGGUGUAGUGGACUAAAAGCUCUAUUUCUUAGAGGUUGCACACAGUUAGAAGAUGAAGCAUUGAAACACAUUCAGAAUCACUGUCAUGAACUUGUAAUCCUGAAUUUGCAGUCCUGUACACAAAUUUCAGAUGAAGGCAUUGUAAAAAUCUGUAGAGGAUGUCAUAGACUUCAGUCACUCUGUGUUUCAGGCUGUAGCAACCUGACAGAUGCUUCUCUCACAGCGCUUGGUCUAAACUGUCCAAGGCUGAAGAUUUUGGAAGCUGCAAGAUGUUCACAUCUUACAGACGCUGGUUUUACGCUUUUAGCCCGGAAUUGCCAUGAGCUGGAGAAGAUGGACUUGGAAGAGUGUGUUCUGAUAACCGACAGCACAUUGAUACAACUUUCUAUACACUGUCCUAAGCUACAAGCAUUGAGCUUAUCUCACUGUGAAUUGAUCACUGAUGAUGGGAUUCUUCACCUGAGCAACAGCACGUGUGGUCACGAGAGGCUGCAGGUACUGGAGCUUGAUAACUGUCUUCUCAUCACCGAUGUGACUCUGGAGCACCUGGAGAACUGCCACAACCUGGAGAGAAUCGAGCUGUACGACUGCCAGCAGGUCACGCGAGCUGGAAUCAAACGCAUCAGAGCCCAUCUACCUCACGUGAAGGUUCAUGCUUACUUUGCUCCAGUGACUCCCCCUCCUUCGGUGGGGGGUGGCGGGCAGCGCCUCUGCAGAUGCUGCAUCAUCCUCUGACAGUAAGUGCGCGACCAGGCAGAGAAUUCCCUUCUCGUUGUCGGAGAGAAGAACGGGACUGCGCCUCAGCGGAAGGAGUUGGUUUCCUGACAGUCCUCACGGUGGUGUUUGGUCAUCCAGUUUUGUGACAAGAAAAGCGGUUUUUUUUCCAGGUAAAAAAAAAAAAAGAAAAAUAAUAAUCUUAACGUAAUGUGCAGCUGUGGAUUAAGUUGGUGAUGCUUCGGUUUGUAUUAGUAAAUCCUUCCUUCUGUUGUUGGCAUGAGAAGUACCGUGUAAAACUGUGGGGGGCGUUUUCAGCAUAGCAGCUACUUGGUGACAAGGUCACUAAGCUUGGAAGUUAAUUUGCAUUUGUGUGAAGUUGUGACCCAAGGCGGGGCUCGAGCCCCUCACACCGAGGGACUGAACCUGCUUGUUCUGUAACAUACACCACGGAUCCAGCACCAGGUUUAAGGCCAAAUCAGCUUUAGCAGAUGUUGACCAAAAAAAAACGCAAGGUAACCAUGCAAAACAGCUUAUACUUUUUCAUGAUUCAGCUUCGUAUUUAAUUACGUAAACAGGACAUCAUAGGCAAUGUCAAAAGGUAAGCUAGUACCUCCAGAUAACUAUAUGCUUUCCAAGUUUGUUGAACUUGGUUCAGUUGAACUCUGUGUUAGUAUAAAGCUUGCCCGUCGCUGAAGCACGUUUGCUGCCCGAUGCCAUGGGCCUGUAACAGGGGUAAGAAAUCCACUGGGGCAGAGCUGUGGCUCUGCUGCCACACUCCUACAUGGUGCUCACCCAAACCCACCUCCCCUCUCUCCUCCACAGCCCGGGGGGGGGUCACUCCUGCUUGGCCAGAGGUUCAGCUGCAGGGACUGCCAGGAGGGAGCGAGGGGGUUCCAGUCAAACUGUUUGUCCCACCCGGGUUAGGGAGAUAGAUGGGCAAAUAAAUCCGGAGGCAGGAGUUGAACCAAACCAAACCUGUCGUUUUAGAAAGACAAACUCCUCACAUGUGGGUUAUUUAAGAAGCUGUCAACUUCUGAAUGAUGAUAAUAAUAAAAAUCUGUGUAUUAACUCUUAAGGACAUGCUUUCAUCCUUAGUUUUUCAGUGCUAGAGGAUUAGAUAAACUUUUUUUUUUAUAUUAAGCAACUUAAUUAUCUGAGAUAAACUACUCAGCAGUUCAGAAAGCUUUUUUUGUGUAAGAUUGAUUGUGUGUGUGUAUGUUUUAAGAGUUCAGGGCCUGUGUCUUUACUGAAAAUCAAUAGAAAUACUGGCUUAAAAAGCAGUUGGAGAAGCUACUGCUGGAGAGUACUGCAAUUUCCCCCCAAAAUUUUAAGCUACUUUUCAAAGUGAGACCAUUAAGAGACUUUUCUGGGACAACAGUGGCUGUAACUUUGCUCAUGCUUCGAUGGGGACAACUCAAUUCAGAUCUCAACCUGGAGGACAGAUUCCAGCCUGGAGUGCGGUACGUGGAUUUCUUCGCUACUAGGAAAUAAGCCAAGGAGGGCUUGUUUUGCGCAGCAGCGGAGGAGGGUUGGUACCAUCAUGCUUAAGAGUUUCAUUAAGAUAGUGCUGCAAUAGAGAGUUUUAAGCAGAUUUUAUUCUCAACUGUACCAGGACAGUCAUCGGUACCGGUAUGGCAAGAUGUGUUGCCUUUUGUUGGCUCUUUUUUUUUCUAAGAACAUAAUGAACCUUGUAAGUCUAUCGCAUUAAAGAUGUACAAAACCAAAUGGAACCUACUCUGAUAUAGGACACUAAAAUAAACAAUCAGCUGAUGUCAAA